UACUUUCCACUUUUGGUUCAGUGUGGUUCAUUUCAGCUCUCCCGGUGUUCCUUUAACCUCAGUUUUUUAUUCCUUUCUGAUUUCAAAGAUGAAUAUACAAUAAAGGCGAUGGAAUAUAAGGAAGACCUCCGCGUGGAUGGCCGUGGAUGUGAGGACUACCGAUGUGUCGAAGUGGAAACCGACGUGGUGUCCAACACCAGUGGGUCUGCCAGGGUCAAGCUGGGUCACACGGACAUCCUGGUGGGAGUGAAAGCAGAGAUGGGGACGCCGAAGCUGGAGAAGCCAAAUGAAGGUUACUUGGAGUUCUUUGUUGACUGCUCAGCCAAUGCUACCCCUGAAUUUGAAGGUCGAGGAGGUGAUGAACUUGGCACAGAGAUUGCUAACACCCUCUACCGGAUAUUCAGCAACAAGAGCAGCGUGGACCUGAAGUCCCUCUGCAUUAGUCCUCGGGAGCACUGCUGGGUCCUCUAUGUGGACGUGCUGCUGCUGGAAUGUGGUGGAAAUUUGUUUGAUGCCAUCUCCAUUGCUGUAAAGGCUGCUCUGUUCAAUACAAGGAUACCAAGAGUUCGUGUCCUGGAGGAUGAAGAGGGGUCGAAGGACAUUGAACUGUCUGAUGACCCUUAUGACUGCAUCCGGCUAAGUGUGGAGAACGUCCCCUGCAUCGUCACCCUGUGCAAAAUUGGCUAUCGGCACGUGGUGGACGCGACUCUGCAGGAGGAGGCCUGCUCCUUGGCCAGCGUGCUGGUGUCCGUGACCAGCCAGGGCGUCGUGACGUGUAUGAGGAAAGUGGGGAAGGGCAGCCUGGACCCAGAGAGCAUCUUCGAGAUGAUGGAGACCAGCAAGCGUGUGGGCAAGGUGCUGCACACCUCGCUGCACAGCAUCCUGCACAAGGAGGAGAGCCUGGGGCCCAAGAGACAGAAGGUUGGAUUCCUGGGGUGAGCUGCACGUCAGCCCCCCACUCUGGAGCUGGUUUCCACUUUUUUUGUUUAAGCCGAAGUUUGUAUAUAUUUUUCCUAAUUAUGAAUUUAAAGCAACAUUUGUACGUGUAAAAUUAAAGUCUAUUUUCUGGUCUG